UUGCUACAGAUUUAAGACCACAUAAUCAUCCUCUACGUCACUGAGUGAAGGGAGAAGAGGGGGAAAGAGGCUAAGAGGUUCUAAAUCCCUUCUAACACUUGCUUCUUCCUUCUCAGCAAGAUUAGAGCUGUCAACAGCUGUCUGCAUUUCUGUUCAGACCCAGCAUCCUGGGCUGGGCUGGGCUGGGCUGCCCAGAGCCUGAAGCCAGGCCAUUCUGAGGGUCUGGGACCCUCGGUCUGCAAUCCUCUGUAAGACAAUGCAGAGCACAUGAUCCAUCCUCCUAGCUGCAGUGAGCAGGCCAGGGGCCCUACAUUAGCCAGGAGGGAAAAGCAAGGGGUCCGCUUCCCACAGCCAUGCUGAAACACAGCGAACGGAGGAGGUCUUGGAGCUACAAGCCAUGGAAUAUGCCCGAGUGUGAUGAGGCACCCAAUUCAGGGAACAGCCAACACCGCAGGAGCAUCUGCUCCUUGGGGGCCCAGUCAGUCUCCCAGGCCAGCAUCCCACCAUGGACAGAGGGCAACUAUAACUACUACUUGGAGGAGGAUGAGGAUGGGGAGGAGGAGGAGCAGUGGAAAGACAAUCUGGCGGAGGAGGACCAGCAGCCAGAGGAGGCCACCACCACCCAGACAGAAGUCCUUACAGACAGCUCAACGCUGAACGUGAACGUGGGUGGGCAGAGCUACCGCCUGCACUACACCGAGCUGGCCUGCCACCCCAAGACGCGCCUGGGCCGCCUGGCUACCUCCACCAGCCGCAGCCUCCAGCUGGGCCUCUGCGACGACUACGAGGAGAAGACAAACGAAUACUUCUUCGACCGUGACCCGGCCAUCUUCCAGCUUAUCUACAACUUCUACAUGUCUGGGGUGCUGCUGGUCCGUGAUGAGCUGUGCCCGCGCAGCUUCCUGGAGGAGCUGGGCUACUGGGGUGUGCGGCUCAAGUACACACCCCGCUGCUGCCGCAUCUGCUUCGAGGAGCGGCGUGAUGAGCUGAGUGAGCAGCUUAAGAUCCAGCGUGAAUUGCGUGCCCAGGCGCAGGCUGAAGAGGCAGAGGAGCUCUUCCGAGACAUGCGCUUCUAUGGGCCGCAGAGACAACGCCUCUGGAACCUUAUGGAGAAGCCUUUCUCGUCGGUGGCUGCCAAGGCCAUCGGGGUGGCCUCCAGCCUCUUUGUGCUCAUCUCCAUCGUGGCACUGGCACUCAACACGGUGGAGGAGAUGCACCAACAGGCAGAGCAGGGCGGCCGGUGGCCCAUCCUGGAGCAUGUGGAGAUGCUGUGCAUUGCCUUCUUCACACUGGAGUUCCUGCUGCGCUUGGCCUCCACACCCGACCUGCGGCGCUUUGCGCGCAGCGCCCUCAACCUAGUGGACCUGGUAGCCAUCCUGCCGCUCUACCUACAGCUGCUACUGGAGUGCUUCACGAAUGAGGACGAGCAACGUGGCAAGGGCUCCUCCAGGGAGCAUGACCUUGAGACUGUGGGCAGGGUGGGCCAGGUGCUGCGCAUCAUGCGCCUAAUGCGCAUCUUCCGCAUCCUUAAGCUGGCACGACACUCCACUGGGCUGCGUGCCUUCGGCUUCACACUGCGCCAGUGCUACCAGCAGGUGGGUUGCCUGCUACUCUUUAUCACCAUGGGCAUCUUUGCCUUCUCAGCUGCCGUCCACUCCGUGGAGCAUGAUAUGCCUGGCACCAACUUCACCAGCAUCCCCCAUGCCUGGUGGUGGGCCGCGGUGAGCAUCUCCACCGUGGGCUAUGGAGACAUGUACCCAGAGACUCACCUGGGCAGGCUUUUUGCCUUCCUCUGCAUUGCUUUUGGGAUCAUCCUCAACGGGAUGCCAAUCUCCAUCCUCUACAACAAAUUCUCCGAUUAUUACAGCAAGCUCAAGGCUUAUGAGUACACUGCCAUACGAAGGGAAAGGGGAAAGGUGAACUUCAUGCAGCGAGCCAGAAAGAAGGUGGCUGAGUGUUUGGCUAAAAGCAACUCACAGCCCACUGUAAGGCAAGAGAAUUAAUAUUCCAUAGGAUGGGUGGCUGGUAGUUUCCCGUGACCUGACAGGCUUCCUUCUUCCUUUCUUUGUUGGUCAUCAGGAUUGCCAGGGAAAGGACACGUGAGGCAGACAUACACAAAGGGUACUCAGUGCACAGAGUUCUCCCUCAUCGAUGUUCAUUUUAACCCAAACUCAGACUGCCAUACACUGUGCUGUGGGGGACUCUGACCUUCCUGGAGACAUUGAUAUUGAAAGCUCCUUGAGAGGAACAGCAUCUUAGAUUUCUCUUGUUGUGUCUCAUGGCUUCUCAAGAAAUAUUUUUAGACCUGAGUAGACUAGAGAAGGAUUUUCUUGCAUUAAAGAAAAGAAACUCUUAAUUUCCCAGAGAGGGAGUGUUGCGGCAGGAGCUGUAUGAGCUUCGUCAUCGGACCCACCUCAGUCAGAAGCCCAGACCUACCUGCUAUAGGGUUUGGGACAAGUUACUUUAACUGGCUGAACCUCAGUUUCUUCAACUGCAAAAUGUAGGUAACAAGUACUGCCUGUAAUAUGAGCAUGGGAAAUGAAGAUAACAUUUAUAAAUGCUCAAUAAAUGGAAGCUGUUAACACUGCUUGAGUGGGUACUGUCUAGUCAGUUCUCUAUCUAGAUAAAUGGUUCUCAGUCCAGGGAGAUUUGGUUGUUGUCCACCCUCCAAGCCCCUGGAAAUUUGUCACCUUCUAGAGAUACUUUUGAUGGUCAGUGUUGUGAGGGAGGAUGAGGGGGCUCUAGCAUCUAGUAGGUGGAGGCCUGGGAUGUUGCUAAAUGUGCACAGGAGAGCCCCAUAGCAAGGAAUUACAUGGCCCAAAUACCAAUAGAGCCGCUGAGAAGCCCUGGUCUAGACUUAACAUGAGAGCCCCAGACUUGACCUGUGAAACAUGUCAAGUGUGGAAGAUAUCACCUCCCUUGAUAGGAGCCCCCACAUAUCCUCACCUCUCCAGGCUUCCUCUUCCUUCCCUUUCCUCAAAAAAAACCCCCAAAACAAA